AUGUCGAUUCGCACUCUCAGAAUCGGGCUCAUCCCCGGUGACGGCAUCGGCAAGGAAGUCAUCCCCGCCGGCCGCCGCAUCCUCGAAGCUCUCCCCGCCUCGCUCAAGCUCAAGUUCGACUUUGUCGACCUCAAGGCCGGCUUCGAGACCUUCGAACAAACCGGCUCUGCCCUCCCCGACGCCACCGUCCAUGUCCUGCGCAACGAGUGCCAGGGCGCGCUCUUCGGCGCCGUCAGCUCGCCCACCCACGCCGUCAAGGGCUACUCCUCGCCCAUCGUCGCCCUCCGAAAGCGCCUCGACCUCUACGCCAACGUCCGUCCCGUCAAGACCGUCCUGACCGCCGCCAAGCCCAUCGACAUGGUCAUUGUCCGCGAGAACACCGAGGAUCUCUACGUCAAGCAGGAGACCACCCGCGACACCCCCGACGGCAAGGUCGCCGAGGCCAUCAAGCGCAUCUCCGAAAAGGCCUCGUUCCGCAUCGCCGCCAUGGCCGGCGACAUUGCGCUGCGCCGCCAGAAGAUCCGCGAGAGCAGCCCCAGCAUCCACAGCAAGCCCCUCGUCACAAUCACCCACAAGUCCAACGUCCUGUCGCAGACCGACGGCCUCUUCCGCACCGCCUCCAAGAACGCCCUGUCCGACCCCAAGUACGCCUCCGUCUCCGUCGAGGAGCAGAUUGUCGACUCCAUGGUCUACAAGCUGUUCCGCCAGCCCGAAGCCUACGACGUCAUUGUUGCCCCCAACCUGUACGGCGAUAUCCUCUCCGACGGUGCUGCCGCUCUCGUCGGCAGUCUUGGUCUCGUCCCCAGCGCCAACGUUGGUGAGGGUUUCGCCAUUGGCGAGCCUUGCCACGGCAGUGCUCCCGAUAUCCAGGGCAAGAACAUUGCCAACCCCAUUGCCACCCUGCGAAGUGCUGCUCUGAUGCUCGAGUUCCUUGAGGAGCCCGAGGCUGCUGCCAAGAUUUACGCGGCUGUUGAUGCUAACCUGGAGGAGGGCAAGCUGCUGAGCCCUGACCUGGGCGGCAAGGCCACUACCGAUGAGGUUGUCGAGGAUAUCCUGAGACGCCUGUAA